CUAGUGUCGAUGCACCCUACGUGGCAACGCCUACAGCGAGAAAUCUUCCGUGACUAUAGAGACGUCUCAGCAGCUGCAGCAUCAAUAUCAGCAUCUGGCAGCAACGUUCUACCUCUGCUCGAUGCAUGCUGGAUUCGAGCCCCAGGAGCACC